AGUACGACUCUAGUCGCUUUGCCGCUUGGAUCAGGCGCGUCUCGUGACGGCCGGCCACGGAGAGGGCGAGAGAGGAAAACUCGAAACAAUUGACGAUCCGCGACUGUUACCACCCUAGACAUGUGGACCGAGUGAAUGCAGUGUUCUGUGACGUAAUAAUAGUGUGCAACUUACUAGAGAACACGAACCGCAUAGACGGUGUAAACAAUGGAUACCAAAAGCACGAUCUCAUCGCAAGAGUGGCACAUACCAAGACCGUCCUUAUCAGGCAGCACAACAAGUGGCAGUAUCAGUGAUACCCGAUCUCGUGGUGGCUCGGCUUCCAGUCAAGGAUCAUCGAGCAAUCACAGCACCCAUAGCGUGUCGUCUGGGUCUUUCUUGUUGAAUGCUGCCCACUUAGCACGGAUGCACGGUAGAGAUUCAACUCAAGAGGAUUGUGGAUAUCAUUCGAAGUUAGGAAGUUACGGAAGAAAAACUGGCUUGUCGGAAGCUGUCGUAACCAUACCAGAGGAAACUAAAGACCCAUCGGAUUCAUUUUGGAAUGGUGUUAAGAGGGGGUCGGCAUCAGCGCCGGACGUGACGUCAGUGGCCAGCUCGACACAUUUCACCGUCGUGAACGGGUUCACGAAACACCGUCCUGGAAAAGAACCAAAGUCAUGCUGCUGCGACCAUUCCCAUCAGGUCACUGUCCUCGUUAUAUCGAUGACCAUAUUGUUUUCGGCCUGUAUAUUAGCAGCAAUAUGUUUUGUUGAAAUGAGAAUGCGUAAGGAGACGGGAAUGUACAAAUAUUCUUAACUACAAGAAGAUUGACGCUGAUCUUGCACUAAAAGUAUUAGUUAAAACGAUACGCUAUUAUAUUUAUUAAAUCCUAAUUACUUGUAUUCCAUUCAUAAGAGCAUUAUAAUUAGAGAUAAAUUAAGCACGACUGGCGUUUGUUACAAACAAUAUUAAGUCAUAAAUGGAAAUUAAUAAGUAUAAUUAAAGUUAUUAAUUUCAUAUCAUACGCAUAAUAAAACGCAUAUUGUGAAUGCACAUUUGAAAGGUUAAAUGUGCUUUCAAUGGGAGGCUAGUUAAGAACGAACCUUGUAAUAGGUAUCCCUCAACGCGUGAGAUUAAAUUAAUAAACAGACAGACAAUGGUGAACAAUAUGAGAUAAUUUAAACAAUAACUUACUGAUUUUUAUAUUAUUUUCCUACGUGCUCGCGUGCAUUAAAUCACAAAUUACUUGCUUCACAUGUAUGUUUGUCACGUUUAAUAUAAAUAAAAAGAUUAUUAAUAGAAAAAUUGUAUGAAACUUAGUUAAAUAGGUAGAACAAUAAAUUAGUGCAAUAAAUAACCCAGUUAAUGUAUAUAUAAUGGAGUCAAUGAAUUUUGACAUACUUAG